CAAUUAACUGACGUGUCUCUCUGGGCGUAGGGAAUUGGAGCCAGCGGUACCGUUUGCUCUUUCCUUUUUCCGCGUCGAGAGCGGCCGAGAUGGGGAUUAAAUUCCUUGAAGUAAUCAAGCCCUUCUGUGUUAUCUUGCCUGAGAUCCAGAAGCCAGAAAGAAAGAUCCAGUUCAAAGAAAAGGUGCUAUGGACAGCUAUCACCCUUUUCAUCUUCUUGGUUUGUUGCCAGAUCCCCCUUUUUGGUAUCAUGUCAUCAGACUCAGCAGAUCCUUUCUAUUGGAUGAGAGUAAUUCUGGCUUCAAACAGAGGCACACUGAUGGAGCUGGGUAUUUCUCCCAUUGUCACUUCCGGACUCAUCAUGCAAUUGCUGGCUGGUGCCAAAAUAAUUGAAGUUGGAGAUACGCCAAAAGACAGAGCUCUCUUCAAUGGUGCACAGAAAUUGUUUGGCAUGAUUAUUACCAUUGGGCAGUCUAUUGUUUAUGUAAUGACUGGGAUGUAUGGAGACCCAUCAGAGAUGGGAGCAGGUAUCUGCCUUCUUAUUACCAUUCAGCUUUUUGUUGCUGGCUUGAUAGUUCUCCUUCUUGAUGAGCUUCUACAAAAGGGCUAUGGCCUUGGCUCUGGCAUCUCCCUCUUCAUUGCCACUAACAUCUGUGAGACAAUUGUGUGGAAGGCGUUCAGCCCAACCACCGUGAAUACUGGCCGAGGCAUGGAGUUUGAAGGAGCCAUCAUUGCUCUAUUCCAUUUGCUGGCUACUCGUACAGAUAAAGUCAGAGCUCUGCGGGAAGCCUUCUACCGUCAGAACCUUCCCAACCUUAUGAACCUCAUUGCCACCAUAUUUGUCUUUGCUGUAGUAAUUUACUUCCAGGGAUUCAGAGUGGACCUUCCUAUAAAAUCUGCCCGUUAUCGUGGCCAGUACAAUACUUAUCCUAUCAAACUGUUUUACACCUCCAAUAUUCCCAUCAUUCUGCAGUCUGCGCUGGUGUCCAACUUGUAUGUGAUCUCCCAGAUGCUUUCUGCCCGUUUCAGUGGCAACUUAUUGGUUAGCUUGCUGGGUACUUGGUCUGACACAUCAUCUGGAGGCCCUGCUCGUUCAUACCCUGUUGGUGGACUUUGUUAUUACUUAUCGCCUCCAGAGUCUUUCACUUCGGUGUUGGAAGACCCUGUUCAUGCGGUUGUUUACAUUGUGUUUAUGUUGGGCUCCUGUGCUUUCUUCUCUAAAACCUGGAUUGAAGUCUCUGGCUCCUCUGCCAAGGAUGUUGCUAAACAACUAAAAGAACAGCAGAUGGUGAUGAGGGGUCAUAGAGAAACGUCCAUGGUUCAUGAACUUAACAGGUACAUCCCUACAGCUGCUGCAUUCGGUGGCCUCUGCAUUGGUGCUCUCUCUGUACUGGCAGACUUCCUUGGGGCAAUUGGAUCAGGCACUGGAAUCCUACUGGCUGUCACCAUCAUUUACCAGUAUUUUGAAAUCUUUGUAAAGGAGCAGAGUGAAGUUGGCAGCAUGGGAGCGCUUCUUUUCUAAAUACAUUGUCCCAUGGACCCUAGGGGAGGAUGAAGUGUCUUCUUGAAUUAAAAAAAAAAUCAGGUUGAACAAAUUAAAGCAUCACACUAACACGGGCACAUCACAUUAAUAGGAACACAUUUUAAUGUUUUCCAAAGCACAUUCCUUUGGUUCAGACUUUGUUUAUACUGUUGUCCUUUUUUAAAUUGUUGGAAAACAUGCAAAAAAUCCUUUUUAGAAAACAAGGUUUGGUUCUUUUUCCUAAAAUGGGUUUAAUUUAACAGUAUUUGUUUUUAAAAAAACCUCCAUAGAAUAUUGGAGCUCUUCCCGUUUCAAAAAAUAGGUGUGGGAGGGGACUUUUUGGUUGCAAUACAUUGUCUGUCUCCUUUACAGUGACCGUUGAGAGGCAUCUCUUCUCUCUGCUGCUUCCUUGUAUCUGUCCAAUUAUCAUUGGAAGUACAGAUGUGUUCACUUCCCCCAAGGUAUUGCAGAUUUGGGCAGGGUCUUAGACUGCCAGAUGUUUCAUCAGGUAUGCUGUCUUGUGCCUAAGUGCAGUCCAUUGGCUUCUGACUAUCUCACUUCUUCAGGGCCUGAUCAUUUGUUCUGGCCUUUCAGUAGAACUCUCAAGUCAGUCUAGGCUACUUAAUGGAAAGAAAUGUUAUGCCUUAGAACUGUAAAUUGACAUAUACCCAUCAUACUGUACCAAACAUGAAGCCUGCAAUUUCUUAGGCAGA